ACAGGUCUUGCUGUGUGUAAACCUUACCUGGUCACAUUUCUGGAGCAGAGGAAGGAGCCUUGGAGUGUGAAGAGACAAGAGUCAGGAACCGUAUGUCCAGAGAACCUCUGCAAAUAUAGCCAGUCUGGGAAAGACUUCGUUCAACACUCAGAACUCGCUACCCAUCCAUGUCUACGUGUUCAAGAUAAGCCUCACAACUAUAGCGAAUGUGACAAAGCUUUUAUUGUUAGCACAACUUCUAAUCAACAGCAGAGGGCUCAUAAAAGAGAGAAGUUUUACCAAUGUGCAGAGUGUGGCAAAGCCUUCAAUAAUAGUUCAAACCUUACUCGACACCAGAUAAUUCACACGGGAGAGAAGCCCUAUACUUGUCAGGAGUGUGGCAAAGCCUUCAAUAAUGUUUCAACCCUUACUCGACACCAGAUGAUCCAUGCUAAAGAGAAACCCUACAAAUGUGAAGUAUGUGACAAAACCUUUCACUGCUCUGCAUACUUUAACCAACACCAGAUAAUUCAUACGGGAGAAAAACCCUAUAAAUGCCAAGAAUGUGGCAAAGGUUUUUAUUACCGUUCAACCCUUACUGGACACCAGAUAAUCCAUACAGGUGAGAAACCCUACACAUGUCAAGAGUGUGGCAAAGCCUUUAAUAAUAGGUCAACCCUUGCUCGACACCAGACGACCCACACCGUGGAGAAACCCUACACAUGUCAAGUGUGUGACAAAGCCUUUCACUGCUCUGCCUACUUUAACCGACACCAGAAAAUUCAUGCGGAAGUGAUUGCACAUGCGUGUAAAGAAUGUGGCAAAGCCUUUAGUUACUCUUCACAACUCAAUCGGCAUCUGAGGAGUCACACCAGAGAGACGCCGUAUAUAUGCAAAGAUUGCGGCAAAGCCUUUAGCAGAUCAUCGCAGCUUAACCAGCAUCUGACUCUACACGCUAGAGAGAAGCCCUAUAGGUGUAAGAAAUGUGGUAUAGCCUUUAGUUGUCCUUCAGAGCUGAGUCAACACCGGCCGAGUCACGCUGUGGAGAAGCCCUACAAAUGCGAGAAAUGUGGAAAAGGCUUCAACUGCUCUUCAUACCUCAACCAGCAUCAGAGGUUGCACACGGGAGACAGCCUCUACAGGUGUAAAGAGUGUGGCAAGGUUUGUAACUGCGCCUCGCACCUUGUUCAGCACCAGCGGGUUCACACUGGAGAGAAGCCCUAUAGGUGUGGAGAGUGCGGCAAAGCGUUUAGCUGUUCUUCACGCCUUCACCGGCACCAGCUGACUCACACCAGAGAUAAGCCCUACCCGGGUCAGGAGUGUAACAAAGCUUUUCAGGACAGCUCCACACUUUCUCGGCACCAGAGAAUUCACACUGGAGAGAAGCCCUACUGAUGCCAACGGUGUGGGAAAGCCUUUAACAGCUGUUCAAAUUUCACUCGUCACCAAAGGACUCAUAUGUGAAGGGACCGCGACACAGGUGAAGACCGUGGUGAAGGGAACUGGAUAGAUAGGGUGGCCGGCCGGUUAAGGGCAUGCACGGCUUUUGUGGAGCCUGAGUUCGGUCCCCAGUAUCCAUAUUGGAGGCUUAGAGCCACUUAGAACUCCACCUCCGGCCUCCGAGGGCACCUGCACUCAUAUGCACAUGCUCCCACACAGGCAAACUCACACAUAAGAAAGAGCGCGACAAAAUAGGUUUAAGUUAUUGAACACCAAUUUACAAUUGCACUGAUCAAAUUCCAUCUAUUUUCUUCACAGAUCACGCAGUGGAUUUUGGAAUGUUGUAUAGAUUGUAUGUGAACUUUGUUUUAGUCAAUAGAUAACGAUUCUUAAUGUUUUAUCAUUGGAAUAUAUUGAAUGACAUCUCAUUGUGUCACAGACAUUGAACUACUGUGCUCAAGAAUGCAGGUGGCAGAUCCUACUUAAUAGGGUAUUGAGAAACCUAUUGAACAUAUAUUGAAAUAUAUUGAAUGACUCAUAGUUCAUUUUUGUGGGGACACCAGACCUUGAACAGAGACCCACUUCCCCUUUGGCCUGGGAGCAGGCAGC